CGGUUAACGGGAGCUAAACCACAUUGCUCCCGAGAGCAUAGCCCGGAGUCACCAAGGCGGCGGCUAUGGCGGCGGCGACAACGAAUCUAGCAGGCGCGACGAAACCGGCGGCUAUGGCGGCGGCGGUUGAGAGCGUGGUGGUGGUCCACAACGUGGCGAAGCGGCACAACGUGGGGACGCUGGCGCGGAGCGCGACGGCGUUCGGCGUCGCGGAGGUGGUCGUCGUCGGCCGCCGCGACGUCAGCGCCUUCGGCAGCCACGGCGCCACCUCUCACCUCCGCUUCCGCCACUUCUCCUCGCUCGCCCUCGCCCGUGCCUACCUCAAGGAUGAAAGAGGAUGUGACAUUUGCGGUGUUGAGAUCACUGACAACGCGCAGCCGGUGACUGCUCACCCGUUCCGUCGGAGCACCGCCUUCCUAUUCGGCAAUGAGGGCACAGGACUCUCACAAAAAGAGUGUGAGAUCUGUGACUUUUUUGUCUACAUCCCUCAAUAUGGUGGUGGAACAGCAUCUCUCAAUGUUACAGUUGCAGCUUCAAUUGUUCUCCACCACUUUGCAGUCUGGGCUGGCUUUCCCGAACGAGGCAGAGAGGGCAACAAAUUCAUUGUAGCUGAUAGACCACAGGGGCACUCGAGGGGGCUCUACUGUACGGACUCAAUUGAAGCAGUGAUUGAAGAGCGUAAACUGCGAAAAGAAAAUGCAUGUGAUAUACUAGAGGAAAAUGGAAGCAGCCAUCCUCAAGAAUCAAAUGGCCUAGAUUUGAUGUUUACAGACUAGGCUUAUGACUAGAUGACAUUGUUGCAUCAUGGUUUAAUUGAAUCAAGUCCCGGGCUGGGGUUGAUGGCAUAACGGAAAUGUCUUUCCAAGGCCAAGAACAGAGCAUGCGUGUUUUUUCAACCUUGGCAUGGAGCAGAAAAGAGUGUACUGAGCUUUUGGGAAGCCAGGGGGUGAGAGUGUACCUUGAAACCAAGGAUGUGGACAAAGCUCCGUUUCGCUCCGAUUUUUUGCCUUUUAUGUUGCACAAAACAAGAUGUGGUGCGCGCUAUCAGAAUUCCUCUGUUGUAAUGUAGCCGUGAAGGUGGUUGACACCUCAUACCUGACAUAGAAGUAUAGAACUACCUCACUUCGCAGGAAGUUGGAUGGUAGACUUCAAUGGGUUUUUUCAAUUAGCCUUUGGGUCAUCUAGUCUUUGUUAUACCUCAAUACGACAAAGACUAGUGAGAUGCCCUUCAGGCAUUGACAUUUUCGGAUGGUAGACCUCAAUGGUUAUUUUCAACAUUAGUCUGGACCA